AUGAACUAUCUGAAACGACGUUUCUCCUCCGAAGAUCUUCAAAAUGAACGUGAUGAUAAUGUGAUGACAAUGGCAACAUCACCUGAAUCUCAUGCGGAAUUUAAAGAUAUUAAUUUGGCCGCUUAUUCGGAUGCUGGGACUUUAGUUGAUAUAAAUAUUUAUCAAAAUGGAACGCAUGUUGUUCGCUCAUUUCGACCGGAUUUUAUACUUGUUCGACAGUAUGUAAGAGAUAUUAAUAUUGAUUCGACAAAUAUUAUUCUUGGAAUAGAAUAUGGAGCUGUACCAAGUGUUAAUUCAAUGAAAGCAUUGUAUAAUUUUCGAGAUAAAUCAUGGAUUUUUUCAGAAUUAUUGAAUAUUCAACGAGGUUUAGGUGUCGAUCAAUUUCCAUUAAUCAGUCAAGCUUAUUAUUCAAAUCAUCGAGAAAUGCUUAUUUCACCUCAAUUUCCAUCUAUAAUUAAAGUUGGACAAGCUCAUCAAGGUUUAGAAAAAAUUAAAGUUGAAAAUUCAUAUGAUUUUCAAGAUUUAACAAGUGUUGUUGCAAUAAAUGAAGAUCGUCGUUGUAUUGGUGAACUUGUGAUGCAUAAAAUGCAAAUCUAUUGUCGACCAGAUAAACAACCAGCUAUAAUGCCACGAAUUCCCAGUGUUGAACAACCUAUUCAUGAAAUAUCUAAAGUAACAAAACCUUCAUCAUCGAUUCAUGAUUCAGUUCCACAUUCAACAAUGAAUAUGCAUAAUAUAUCACCAUCAACAACGCAUAAUUUUAAUAAUAAUAAUAAUAAUAAUCGUCGAGAAUUACCAAAUCUUCCACGAAAUGCAAUGAAUAUUGAUAAUAAAACAUCACCAACUGUUAGUUAA